CUCUGUGACCGGUAAAAUUGUUAGUUGCCGGUUGCUAUUCGCUGCUAGCCCGCGCUGUGUUGUGUUAUAACCAAAACCGAAAGAAAACAUGUCAAAAGUAAACAUUCCUACGUUCAAAAUGAACAACGGCCUGGAGAUCCCAGCUCUGGGCUACGGCACAUGGAUGGGCUUGGAUGAUAAUUUAGAAUUCAUCUCCGAAGCAUUCCCCCAGAUGGUCGAUGCGUUAUCCUACGCCAUAGACAAUGGCUACCGGCACAUAGACACGGCCCACCUCUAUAGAGUGGAGCCAGAGGUUGGUGACGUCAUCAACCAGAAGAUUAAAGAUGGCGUUGUUAAGAGGGAAGAUUUAUUUGUCACUACUAAGGUGUGGCACCACUACCACCGCCCAUCUGACGUGGAGGUCUCGGUGCGCGCCUCCCUGCGCCGCCUGAACUUGGAUUACAUCGACCUGGUGCUCAUGCACUGGCCUAUGUCUAUCACACAAGAUGGCGUCGACGAGAAAAUCGACUACUUGGAUACAUGGCGCGGCUUCGAGAAUGUUCUCCGACAGGGGCUGGUGAAAUCCAUCGGCGUCUCCAACUUCAACGUGGAACAGAUGAGGAGGAUCCUCGCCAACUGUCAAGUCAAACCUGUUGUCAACCAGGUUGAGAUCAAUUUAAACCUAGGUCAGAAGGAUCUAGUGGACUACUGCCAGUCGCAAGACGUGAUAAUAGUGGCGUACUCGCCAUUUGGUACCAUGGUACCGUCACGUAACGCUCCGGACAGUCCGGAGCCGAAGCUGAACAAUCCCACCAUGGUGGGGCUGGGGAAAAAAUAUGGGAAGACUGUUACGCAAAUAGCUUUGAGAUAUCUGUACCAACGCAACAUCAUAGCCUUACCAAAGACAGUCACAAAAUCUAGAGUUUUGGAAAACGCGUCCAUCUUUGAUUUCACGAUAGACAAAUCAGACAUGGCGACUCUAGCAGCUUUCGACAACGGCUAUCGGACAGUUCGACCUGUAUUUUGGCAGGAUUACGAAAACUAUCCUUUUGAUAAAGUCGCAUCAAAAAUGGAUAUCCCGAUGUCUCUGAGAAUUUGGAAGAAUGGGGCUAAUGCAGAUAUUGAAUCUUCAAAUAUGUUAGUGGUGUUAUUUUCGAUAUUAUUCGUCGGUGCGUUUGCCGACGACAAAGAUGGCGGCCUCGCGUUUAGGGUUCCGUUAAACGAUGGUAACUCCAUACCAGCGCUGGGACUUGGGACUUUCUUAGGAUUUGAUGAGAAUGGCGUGAAAGCUGUCGAAGACCAGGAAGUGGAGUUACCAGUCACUUGGGCUUUGAAAGCGGGUUACAGGCUGAUAGACACAGCCGCAGCAUACAACAAUGAGGAGCAGGUCGGGGCAGGAGUGAGGGCGUCCGGAGUACCGAGGGAACACGUGUUCCUGGUCACCAAGCUAGCUUCUCACGAGCAACGAGAUGUGGUCGGUGCCCUUAACAGGUCUCUGGAGAGACUGAACAUGUCCUACGUGGAUCUAUAUUUAAUACACACACCUGUUACUUACAAGCCAGACCACAGCGGCUAUGACAUAAUCGACUAUCUAGACACAUGGAAGGGGAUGGAAGAAGCGAAGAAGCUCGGUCUAGCCAAGUCUAUAGGCAUAUCUAACUUCAACAUCAGCCAGAUCGAGAGACUGCUAGCUAACUGUGAAAUCAAACCCACGGUAUUGCAGGUUGAGGUAAACCUCAACCUAGCUCAGAACAAACUCUUGGACUACUGCAAAUCCCACGACAUUGUGGUCAUGGCAUACACCCCAUUCGGGUCCCUCUUCAGCAAGGAUCCCGUGCCCCCACCGCCGAGAGCUGACGACCCCACGCUGAUGGGACUUGCUGAGAAGUAUAAUAAGACCACGCCGCAGAUCGCUCUGAGAUACUUGGUCCAAAGAGGAGUAGUCCCUAUUCCAAAGUCGGUGAACAAGGAUCGUAUUGAAUCAAACGUCAACGUGUUCGACUUCAAACUGACUGACGAGGAAAUGGAGACCCUGGCUAAAUUCAACAAAGACUACAGGGUAGUUCUGCCCUCGUUCUGGCAAGACCAUCCUUACUACCCCUACGAGCAGGUCGCUGUACCAGCCCCGGACCUAUUCAAGGGCUAAAGAAGAUUCAACAAUCAGUAUUUAAAAACGGCACUGCAAAAUGGCGCCUUUGGUGUCAUGCUGUCUUUGUCAACUUCAAUUUUAGUUUUUUAAAUGUCACUUAGCUGUCAUUCCUGUAUACGGACUUAAAAAAAGUAUUAGAAAAGAAGCUAUAUUAUAACAAUAACUUUCGUGAGGCGAAUACUCAUUUUUU